UAUGAAUUCAAGACUUCUUAAGAUUUUCGAAACAGGAUUCCUUGGACUACUUGGAUUCUCACUAAUUGCUCAAUAAUAAAAAAGAUUUUAAUGCGCAGCACCUUAUUUCUCUUUUAUAUCACAUUCAGAAUUACAAUAAUUUCGUCUUAGAUUUCCAAGUCUCUAUGUAUUGGAUAAAUUCUAAGUUGAACACUUAUUAAGUGUAAUUCGUAAUUAGACUACUUAAACUAAAGUAUAUUUAAUCUCCAAUCCUAUUUAGGACUUCAGAUUGUAUUCUGAUAGAUUAAUUAGAUUGCUAAUAGAAAAGGCCAUAUCUGAACAUAGUAAAAAGUUGACCCCUCAAGAAGGAUCAUAAACAUAAACACCAGCAUAAGAAAUUUAAUUUGAAAACAAAUAAUUUUGUGUUGUUGUUAUGGUAAGAUCAGGAAACGCAUUCCUAAGCGAAGCUCUUAAAGUACUUCCUGGAGCAUCAGUUGGAUUUAUUCUAGUUUAAGAACAUCCAUAAACUAAAGAUCCUUAGUUAAUUUAUUGUAAGUUUCCUGAAGAUAUAGAUCAAAAAUAAGUAUUAACUUUCUAAAUUAGGUCAUUCUUACAGAUGCUAUGAUUACAACAGGGGGAAGAAUCAGUACAGCUAUCAAAGCACUUUAAUCUAACGGAGUCAAUUAAGAAAAUAUUGCUGCUGUGAAUAUUGUUUCAUGUGAAAAAGGAGUCUCUAAAGUCUUACAUUAAUUCCCUAAAGUUAAAGUCAUUACCGCUGGAGUUGAUUAUGCCCUUAAUACUAUUUAAGAUCAUCGUUUCCCAGGAGUUGGCGAUUUUGGAGAUAGAUAUUUUGGAACUGUUGAUCAAUGA